AUGAUACAGUUCAACUUGAUGGAAAAUACUGGCUUAUUUCUUGGUUAUCGGAGGAGGCCAAAUUACUUUUUAUGCAAUGUCUGCAACACAUAUGGUACAAUUAACAAUGUGCGGAUGAUUCCAUUUUGGAAUUUUAAUUAUUGCAAGACACAUGAAUCUGAUGGAACUCCAAGGUGUAAUACGUGUGACAGAUUCAAGACAACAGGGCAGAAUGGAUAUGUGAAUCUUGGAAAUAACCAGCAGCUUUGCUCGGAAUGUUUUUCCACUGCUAUCUUGCAUCCAAGUAAAUGCAAACGUCUUAUUGAAAAUGUGCGCAAAUUUUAUAAAAAGUUAGGCCUCCAAGUGGAUAAAAAAAUUCCUAUUUUAUUGAUCGACGACGAUGAAAUCAGAAGAAUUCACCCAAAUGAACAGAUGCUGAAGGUGGUUGGUCUUACCACAUACCCUCCUUACACUGUCAUGACGGUAUAUGUCGCUUACGUUUGGGUUGUAACAGAUUUCAAAAUGUUCAAGGAAAGGGUGAUGAUCGGUGCAACUUUGGCGCAUGAGAUGAUGCAUGCAUGGUUAGCUCUUCAAGGUUGUAAUCAUUUGGAAAAAAAAGUUUCAGAAGGCAUUUGUGAAGUAAUGGCACACAUAUGGUUGACAUCGUGCUGUAAGAAGGGUUUGGAGUCAUACAACCCCAGGCACGGGCAUGCUGUAUUUUUGGAAAACUUGCAAAAGUAUGCAACAUACAAAAUAGAAUCCAAUGUGGACAAAAAUUAUGGACAAGGAUUUAGAGAGGCUAACAUGACGAUAUUAAGUGGCCACACUUUCCCACAACAUGGACACAGAGAAUGUGACAAUGGCGAUGAAAUAGAUGAUGAAAAUGCAGAGGAACAAUCAGAGAACUUCGAAGAGGAGAGAGAAGAUGAUAGAAGUCAAAGGUUACAGAGAAUGUGUCUUUGCAAGUGA